CUGACAGCAUUAAUCGGAUAGGAACAUCUCAGCCUGCUCUGGUUGUCAUGGUAACAGAAACCACAGUCCUAUAAUCUGUGAUCUGUCAGCAGCUUCUUAUCAAAAUAUCAGUUUCAAAGAAAUGCAGAUAAGAGGAGUGUUAAUAUCUGUAAAACUAAAGUCAACUUAAUGAUGAGUAAAGCUGCAGCUCCUCCACUACGCAGAGAUCCCGUGAGGACAGCACACACAAAGCAGACAGACGGUCUACCUGGACGUCAUGGAUCACCUGUUGCUGUUGCUGCUGCUGCUGCUGCUGUGGAGCUCAGGACUCCAGGCUGAAGAAAAUCACAACUCAACAGAGUCCGUCAGGUUGGUGGGAGGAGACAGUCGCUGUGCAGGAACACUGGAGGUGAAACAUCAGGGAGACUGGAGACCAGUGAGGGACAAUUACCCUGACUGGACCCUGAAGGAAGCAGCAGACUCUGUCAGGCUGGUGAAUGGGACUAGUCUGUGCUCAGGCAGACUGGAGGUGAAGUCCAACCUGUCUAACCAACGGUGGUCCUCAGUGUGUGAAGCUGACUUUGACCAGCAGGAUGCAGAGGUGGUCUGUAGGGAGCUUGGCUGUGGGGCUCCUUCAGUCCUCCAGGGGGUGACUUAUGGAGAAGUGGAGGAUCCAAUGUGGACCAAAGAGUUCCAGUGUGGAGGAACUGAGUCUGCUCUCCUGGACUGUAGAAGCUCAGGCUCAGAUAGAAACACCUGCUCACCUGGCAAAGCUGUUGGACUCACCUGCUCAGAGCCUGUCAGGUUGGUGGGAGGAGACAGUCGCUGUGCAGGAACACUGGAGCUGAAACGUCAGGGAGACUGGAGACCAGUGGAUGAAAAUUACUCUGUCUGGACCCUGAGGGAAGCAGCUGUUGCCUGCAAAGAGUUGGACUGUGGCUCUGCUGUUUCUGUAGAACACAGAAAGGAGUCCUCAGAAAGAUCUGUGUGGAGGAUCAGCUCUGAAUGUGUUCAGUCUGGAUCUGCUCUGAGGGAAUGUGCAACAUCAGAUACCUACUCCUCCAUCCUGGAUCUCACCUGCUCAGGAGUCCCCUGGGCCGACCAGCAACCAGCCUGA